AAACAAAUACCAAUUCUUUGUGUUCGAAAAACAGACUUUAAAUAUAGAAAUCGAUUAAAAUAUGCAGUGCAGUCAUUAUUAAUAUUUGUUUAAAAAUCAAGCGUUUCAAUAUGUCUGCGCCCAUGUAAAGAAAAUGAAAAUAGAGACGCCUUAGUGUUUCAUUUAAAGUUUUUAGACCAAGUCAAAUGUGUCAGUUAGUUUUAAUUAAACUUAAGACAUAAAGAAAUUAUGACUGGCGUUCCAGACAGUGCUGAUUUUGCAAAAACGACUUUGUUUAAAUCUAAAAAAGAUUGUGUUUACACAAGUUGCUAUUGUGAGGAAAAUGUUUGGAAGCUCGCAAAUGAAGUAAAAGAGAAGCACAGCAAGGAACUUGGAAACUGUUUCUGUGUAUUUAUAUCAAAUGAAUCUCAAUCUAUACCACUAUGGGAACAGGCACCCAGUCAAAGAGAAGAUGGAUUGGUGAUUUGGGACUACCAUGUUAUAUUUUUACACAAGGCACAAGAUGGCAGCUAUAUUUAUGAUUUAGACACAAAACUUGAUUUUCCAUGUAUGUUUAGUCAUUAUAUUGAUAGAGGAAUACAGUCAUGUGAUAAGUUCAAAAAGGAGUUUCACAGGCAGUUUCGUGUGAUUCCAGCUGAUGAAUUUUUAUCAACAUUUGCAUCAGAUAGAUCUCAUAUGUUAGACGAGGAUGGUAAAUGGUUGAAGACUCCACCAUCCUAUCCAUGUAUACAAACAAAAGAUGCCAUAAACAAUAUAAAGGACUUUAUAAGCAUGGACCCAGAAGUGGGAGUUGGGAAAAUAAUGGACUUUUGGCAAUUCUGUGAUACUUUUAUUGAAAAAGACACUUCCUGAUGAAAUGCUAUCAGUUAGAUGUACUACAACAACAAAUAUUUAUUACUGAAAAUGAGCUUUUAUUCUGUUACAUUGCAAAUAAUGUCCUCUGAUGUUCAAGAUUCUACCUUGUACUUCAUGCAAUACUAUUGUUGUUUAUGCCACAAUGUCUCUUGACUUAACUGUUACACAUCAACAAAAGAAGGAUUGUUAUAAGCAUAAAUGUAUUGUGAAAGUAUGAACAAAAAUUUACUCUGCUAAACUUGCGUGAUGUAUUUGUCAUGCAUCGAAUUUGGAGCUGUGAAUUUUUGGAUCUUUAGGACAAUAAAGAUUCAGCAGCUAGUAAUGUAAAAUCUGGUCAGAUCUUACUAGAGUGCAUGGAUGUAUAGUGUGGCCUAGGAAAGAUAAUCCGCGUCACAACAAAACCAACAUAAUGUGUUUGCGACCAGCAUGGAUCCAGACCAGCCUGCGCAUCUCUGCAAUCUGAUCAGGAUCCAUGUUGUUUGCUUACAAACCCUAUAACAAGUAAAGAAACUGAUAGCGAACAGCAUGGAUCCUGAUCAGACUGCACAGUCAGUUGACACCGGAUGACCGAUAUAUGUUUUUUUUUGUCUCUUUUUAAAAACAUAUUUUUCUAUGAUGUAUUGUGCAGCAAUAGAUUGCAGGAUAAAAAUAAAACCAAGCGCACAACUGUUCUUCCCAAAACCAACAGAUCUGCUUGCAACCAGUUAACGGGUGUGUGUAUAAUUUAAGUCACUAUUUACAAAAUAAAAUGUUGCAAUGGUUUAAAAUUACAGCAUCAUAAACAUAGCAAAACCUUUACUUUUAUGUUUAUUAGCUCACCUGAGCAAUGCUCAGGGUGAGCUAUUGUGAUCACCCUGUGUCCGUCGUGCGUCGUGCGUCGUCAACUUUUCACAUAAACAACAUCUCCUCUGAAACCAAUGACUGCACAUCAACCAAACUUUACAGAAAUGAUCCUUGGGUGGUCCCCUUUCAAAGUUGUUCAAAUGGUUCCGGUCUGUUGCAUAUGUAGGUCACAGGGCCAGAAAAGGAUUUCAAAAAACACAAAAUUAAAAAAUCUUCUUGUCUGAAAGUACAUGGGCCAGAGCUUUGAUUUUUAGCUCGACUUUUCUAUGAAAAGGGGAGCUAUCCUACUCGCCCCGGCGUCGGCGUUGGCGUCGGCGUUGGCGUCACACCUUGGUUAAGUUUUUCGUACCACCCCACUUUAUUUCAGAAGUAUUACAAGUAUGGCUUUGAAACUUACCAUACUUGUUCACCAUCAUAACCUCCAUCUACAGACAAGAGUACAUAAUUCUGUCAAGGUUUUUGACAGAAUUAUGGCCCUUUUUUGACUUAGAAAGUGUAUUGAGCUUGGUUAAGUUUUUUGUACCACCUCACUUUAUUUCAAAACCAUUGGAGGUAUUGCUUUGAAACUGACCAUACUUGUUUACCAUCACGACCUUCAUCAACAGACAAGAGGACAUAACUCUGUCAAGGUUUUUGACAGAAUUAUGCCCCUUUUUGACUUAGAAAAUACAUUGAAUAUGGGUAAAAUCCACUUAUUGCCUUAACCCUUUGAGAUAUUGCUUUGAAACUUUUAAUGCUAUUUCACAUCAUUACCCCCAUCUGUACGCAAGAGAAGGUAACUCUGUCAGGGAUUUGUUUUAAAAAUUAAGGCCUUUUAUCGACUUAGAAUCUUGGUUAAGUUUUUUGUACCAGUCAACUUUUUGACUGAACUGGUUGAGAUAUUAAAUUGAAAGUUGGAAUACUUGUUUACCAUCAUAGUCCCAAACAUGGGCAGGAGAAGGUAAUUCUGUUUAGGAUUUUAUUUGAAUUAUGGCCCUUUUUGACUUAGAAACUCAGUUAAAAUUUUCAUUCUUGUCCACUUGUUGACCUAACCAUUUGAGAUAUUACUUUGGAAGUUGGAGUUCUUAUGUGCCAUCAUGAGACCUAUCUGUAAGCAAGAGAAGAUAACUCUGUGAAAAUGUUUCUUGAUUUGUACUUAGAAAUUCCUAGUUAAAGUCUUGUGUGCCCUUAACUGUCAAAGUUUUGUUUUAUAGGCAAGCACUAAAAAAGUCGAGCGCGCUGUCCUUCUGACAGCUCUUGUUGGUAUAUGGUAUCAUCUAUGGGUCCUCUACCAAAGUUGUUCAAAUUUUGUCCCUAGUGUCAAAAUUGGCCCCGCCCCGGGGGGGUCAUAGGUUUUUCCUUAUAUGUCUAUAGGUAAAUCUAAAAAAAUCUUCUUCUCUGAUUUGGCAAAGGCUACAGAUUAGAUAUUUGGCAUGAAACAUUGUGUAGUAGACCUCUAUCAAGAUUGUUCAAAUAAUGGCCCUAGGGUCAAAAUUGGCCCCGCCCUGGGGGUCAUUGAUUUUCAUUACAUACAUAUAGUGAAAACUUGAAAAAUCUUCUGGUCUGAAAGUAAAUGGCCUAGAGCUUUGAUUUUUGGUAUAUGGUAUCAUCUAUGGGUCCUCUACCAAAGUUGUUCAAAUUUUGUCCCUAGUGUCAAAAUUGGCCCCGCCCUGGGGGUCAUAGGUUUUUCCUUAUAUGUAUAUAGUAAAAUCUAAAAAAAUCUUCUUCUCUGAUUUGGCAAAGGCUACAGAUUAGAUAUUUGGCAUGAAACAUUGUGUAGUAGACCUCUAUCAAGAUUGUUGAAAUAAUGGCCCUAGGGUCAAAAUU